AUGGAGAUGUGCGUGGACUGGGAGGCUGAAAAGGGUGACUGCAGGAUCACAGCUGACCAUUCGGAUGAUUCCAUUGGUGCUUCUGAUUAUAUAGAUCAGAAACCCAGUUUACUGCUAGAGGUAGAGGAAGUCAGCCUGCCACCUUCCAGUCUCAGUGGUAGCCUGGAUGCGUCUUCGGAUACGCUGGAUCUCCCCCUGGUGCUGCACUGUACAGAAGAAGACAGUUCUUUGACCACAACUCCAAAAACAUCAACCUAUUGCCGACAACAAGGUUCUGCCAUUGGUGGUAUCUAUGUCCCUACAAGCAACACUUAUAAUUUGCUUAGUGACGGUAAAGAUCUGGCACGCUGGUCAUCCAGGCAUUCUGCAGAUCUUCAGGGAGGUCUAAAGGAGGAAGCGGAGAAUUUCAUCAUCCUUGUCGACUCUCUUGAUGGCGAGAAUCUGCCUGCCCUGCUGGGCAAAUUUAUGCCUUACCAGUGCGAGAAGUGUGGGAAAUCAUUCCAAGAUCUCCGUGGCCUAGAGGAACACAAAAAGAAGUACGUCAGUGGGUGUUCGUACUGGUGCCCAAUCUGCGGCAAAGAGUUUUUCCGCUCAGCUAAUUUACGAAUGCACAAACUGACCCAUUCUGCAGACCGGCCACACAAGUGCCCAGAAUGUGACAAGGGUUUCAUCCGCACCGCUGAUGUCUGGAGGCAUCUCCGCAGCAUGCACAAGAUUGAUCGUUCCAGUGUUGUUCUGGGAGAUGCUAGCAUCAAGAACCCCUGGUCUGUCCUGCAUCGGAACCAGAAUCAGAGUUAUAACUCUGGGCAGCUGAACUCUGCUGCCCGAGACCCUGGAGAAGGCGGCUUCAAGCGACACCAGUGCCCAACAUGCUGUAAAGUUUUCAGUAAUGCCAACUUGCUUUCCAAGCACAAGGUGAUCCAUCGGAAGGAAAAGCCAUACAAGUGUAACAAAUGUAGCAUGGCUUUUGUCCAGCUAUCAAGGUUGAGAAGGCAUCAUCAGACACAUACUGGUGAGCGCCCUUUCUACUGCGAAGAAUGCGGUACCGCCUUCACACGCCUGGCUUCUCUGCAGCGCCAUCGACGUACUCAUACUGGAGAAAAACCUUACUCUUGUGCCUGUUGUGGGCAGUCUUUUGCAGAGUUGGGCUCUUUAAGGAGGCACGAAGGAGUUCACAAAAUAGUCCAACCCUAG